AUGAUGGCGGUUAUUGGAGAGCUAUGGAACUUUCGCAGUCUGUUGAUCAUCAUUCUUACACCACUCUUACUGCUACCGCUUCCCCUAGUCAUCAACACAAAGGAGGCUGAAUGUGCGUUUACACUGGUGCUGAUGGCGGUGUUCUGGAUGACAGAGGCAAUGCCCCUGUCUGUGACGGCCCUCUUUCCAGCACUUCUCUUCCCUCUCUUUGGCGUUAUGAAGUCCUCAGAAGUUGCAACAAUGUAUUUUAAAGAUUUCCACUUACUCCUUCUUGGAGUUAUCUGUCUGGCUACCUCGAUUGAGAAGUGGGGUCUGCACCGGCGAAUUGCUCUCAGACUGGUCACUAUAGUUGGAGUGAACCCUGGCAUGUUGAUGCUAGGCUUCAUGGUGGGCUGUGCUUUCCUCUCCAUGUGGCUGAGCAACACCUCAACAGUGGCCAUGGUGAUGCCAAUAGCAGAGGCCGUGAUGCAGCAGGUCACGGGUGCAGAGGACCAGGUCAACAGGCAGCAGGAUAAGCCUUUGAAAGGCAUCUGCAAUCCCGCACUCCAGCUGGAAGGAGAUGGUGAAAAACAGUGUGAGAAAACCACAGAUGAGAACAGCACAGGGACAGCACUUAAGGAAUUUGUUGUUACUGUACCCGAGGAGAAUAAUUCCACAGAGUCUGUGCCGAGUUCUCCGUUACACUCAAACUUCAUAACACAUCGAGAUCAAAUGAUGUGCAAAAGCUUGUCUCUGGCCAUCGCCUACUCUGCAAACAUCGGUGGACUCUCAACUUUACCAGGAACUUCCUCGAAUCUUGUUUUUGCUGAAUACAUUCAUCAAUUUUACCCAGAAUGCAAGUCCAUCAAUUUUGGAAACUGGUUUAUUUUCGCUCUGCCUAUCUGCAUUAUUGUUCUGAUUUUGGCUUGGAUAUGGCUACAUUGGCUGUUUUUGGGCACUAAUUUCUGCUCCAUGCUGUCCUUCAGAAGGAGUCGUUCUGAGAGGGAGAUCGCAGCAGCCAAGCAUAUUAAAGAUCAGUACGAUGCACUGGGGAGCAUGAGUCGACAAGAGAUGAUCACCCUUGUUAUUUUCGUCCUGAUGGCAGUGCUCUGGUUUGUGCGAGAGCCGGGCUUCAUGCCAGGUUGGGCAUCUCUGUUUCCUGACUAUUCAGGAUAUGCAACUGAUGCCACUGUGGCUCUCCUUCUGGGCAUGUUGUUGUUCAUCAUUCCUUCUAAGAAGCCCACUGCAGAUAAUUAUGAUGGUAUGAUAUCAUGGAAAGAAUUCCAGUCCUGUAUGCCGUGGGAGAUCUGUCUUCUUGUGGGAGGGGGUUUUGCAUUAGCAGAGGGCACCAAGGUAUCUGGUUUAUCCACUUGGGUUGCAGAACUGAUGAGUCCAUUGGGGAAUCUCCCAGUAUUGGCCAUUGUCACUAUUGCCUGUCUGAUUGUCACGUCCAUUACAGAAGUGGCUAGUAAUCCAGCCACCAUCACUAUCUUCCUUCCCAUACUUGCUCCACUGGCUGAAGCCAUCAAUGUCAACCCUCUGUACAUGCUGAUACCAGCAACUAUUAGCGUGUCAUUCUCCUUCCUGCUUCCUGUUUCCAAUCCUCCAAAUGCUAUUGUCUUUGCAUACGGGCAUGUAAAAAUCAUGGAUAUGGUCAAAGCUGGACUGGGCAUGAACGUCAUUGGUGUUCUUUCAGUACUGUUGGCUGUCAGUACGUGGGGAAGACCAAUCUUUUCUCUAGAUACUUAUCCAGACUGGGCUCCUACCUAUGGCGUGGCAAACACAACUGGGUUUUAAACUGCUUCAGUUUACUGUGGUGUCUAAAGUAAAUAGGGAUGGAAGGCAUACAGUGCAAUUGAAGUCAGACGUUUACAUACACCUUAGCCAAAUACAGUACAUGUAAACUCAUUUCUUCCCAAUUCUGACAUUUAAUCCUAGUAAACAUUUUCUGUCUUACGUCAGUUAGAAUCACUAAUGUCAGAAUAAUAGUAGAGGGAAACGUUAUUUCAGCUUUUUUUUAUUUCAUCACAUUUCCAGUGGGUCAGAAGUUUCCAUUCACUUGGAAUAGUACUUGGUAAUAUUGCCUUGGAAUUUUUGGAACAUUUCGGGUCACCUUCCAUGAGCUUCUUACAACAAGCUUCUGGAAUUUUAGUCCAUUAGUUCUGACAGAACUUAUGUAAUUGAGACAGGCUUAUAGACAUUGUAAUGGGAUUGAUUUGUACUUUUUGUACCACAGUACAUGUCUGCUUCCUGAGCAACAUGAUGGCUAUGUGGUCUUGUGAUAUUUACACUUGCAUAGUAUUGUUUGUAUGGAUGAAGGGGAUAUUUUCAGGCAUAUAGAUGGAUUGCAUUUUUUUGCAAUGAUGAAUCAGACUUGACUGAUUUACUUUGUUCUUCCCGUGAUGUCAAAG